AUGACGACACCUCGACCGACGCAUUUACAUAGAAGAUCAUCUUCGAAAUGGGUUCCACCUUCUGCUCCACUUCAUAAUCCUAUUUCUAUUUUUCGUGGAAGAAGUAAUCGAGAAACUGGAUCCCGUGUUAUCCGGCCAAACCAUUUAUUCGAAUCUCCUCGUUAUGAACUGAACAACUAUCGAGAUUUCACAGAUAAUCAAAUCUCAACCACAAAAUAUACUAUUUGGAAUUUCGUUCCACUCAAUAUUUGGCAUCAGAUCUCCACAAAAUAUGCGAAUCUAUACUUCAUUUUCAUCGCAGUUCUCAAUUGGGUUCCAUUUUUUGACGCAUACACAAGAUAUGUUGGAUUGAUUCCAAUCACUUUUGUAUUAGGAACAACUUUGAUCAAAGAUGGAAUCGAGGAUUAUAGAAGAUGGAAAUUUGAUAAUCAGAUCAACGAAAAAACUUGUCAUGUUUGGGAUCGAGAUAGAUGUGCUUUUAGAAAAACUGAAUGGAGAUAUAUUUUGGUUGGAGACUUUGUGCAUAUUUCAAAUGAUCAAGAUGUCCCAGCCGAUAUUAUUUUGUUGAGAUCUUCUAAUGAAAGUGGUACCUGUUAUAUUGAGACAUGUAAUCUGGAUGGAGAAACUUCUUUGAAACAAAGAAUGGUCCCUGCUAAAGUUAUUGAAUUCUCAAAGAAGGAUUCCUCAUUCAAACCAUCAGAUUUCACUGGUGUAGUGACGUGUGAAAAGCCAGAUAAAAGUAUCUACACAAUCAGAGCAAAAGUGGAAUAUGAACCAGGAGAAACAGACGUAAUCAUCAAAGAAAAUAUGUUACUUCGUGGGUCACGAAUCAAGAACACUACGUUUGUUGAGGGAAUUGUGGUUUAUGCAGGACACGAUACAAAAGUGAUGUUGAACAAUGGAAGAGCCCCACAUAAAACUUCGGGAAUUGAGAAAUUGACAAAUAAAUUCAUCAUCGCUUGUUUCAUUAUGUUACUACUAAUGGUAAUUUAUGGAGCAGUUACAUCUGCAGUUUGGGUUGGAGAUCAUCCGACUAACACAGAGAUUCCAUUCAUUCUCUCAAAUACUCCAAGACCAUUCAUUGAAGGAUUCAUUGGAAUUGGUGCAUUUUUCAUAAACUAUCAGCUUCUGGUACCCAUAUCUCUUUAUAUUACUGUAGAGAUCAUCAAGGCUCUCCAAAUUUAUUUUAUAAGUAACGACAUUCAAUUGUAUGAUCCAAAAUCAGAUCGAGCAAUCGACUGCCGCUCUUUGAGUAUUCCAGAAGAACUUGGAACCGUUACACACGUGUUGUCAGACAAAACAGGAACACUCACAGAGAAUAUGAUGAUAUUUCGGAAUUGUGCAUUUGAUGAAACGGAUUACGGUAGCGAAGGAUCGAGAGCAAAUCCAGAUAAACCAGUCAGAUGUGAUGAACUAUUCGAAAGAAUCAACAAUUCAAUGCACAACCCGAUUCAAAAACAUUUCUUUGCCAAUAUUCUUCUGAAUAAUUCUGUAGUUGUGAACACCAUUCCACAUACAGAUCUUCUCGAAUUGGGAAACUUCGAAGGAGGAGUUUACAAUAUUGGAAAUUCGUGUUUCUAUGAUGUAACGGAGGAGAAGUAUAGGGCGAAACUAGCUGCAGUAGGCAAAGAAGUGAACGGAGAUGAUGACUUAUCGAGACCGGAUAUGUGA